CAAAAAAAAGAAAAAACCUCCACAAACUGCUGGAAGAAAACUGAAAGAAGCUGAAGAUUUGGGCAGAGGAGACACUUGGACCGAGAUGCUGGGAUCAUCCGGCGCAGAAAACUGACCUAAUGCAUGUGAGGUCAUCUGAAUAAAUAGAGCACCGCAGUACGGCAGGACAGGAACGCAUCUGUGGUCCAGAUGAAGUGCUUGCUGAUAGCCAGCGAGAGCGCCGAGGUGCUCUUCCACUGGACCGACCUCGAAUUUCAACAGAACAUCCAGGAGCAGUAUGGAGCGUCGCAGGAGGAGGGCCAGGGGCUUCCGGCCUUUGAGGACAUGAUCAGCACUCAGUUUGCUCCCAUCAUUAUCUCCUCCAGCACCUUGGUGGAUCGGCAGGGCGACAGCUACACCUCCUUCACCACAGAGAGCAACCACGUCUACGUCCUGCACCAGUUCGACGAGUGCCUCUACAUUGCUGUGAAUGGAGACGGUGAGGAGAAGGAGGACGAUCUGAGGAGGAAGAUCUACGUGAUGAAGAAGAUGAUUGAGGUCCUGUUUGGCAUGGUCACCCUCAGUGGGGCCCUCCUUAAAAGAGAACUGCGGCCUCAGGACACGGAGCAACGGGCCAGACUGUGGAAGCAUCUCCAGAGCCUGCUGGAGACCUACAGCCACCUGCGAGAGAAUGACCAGAGCUUCUUAGUGGAGGCAGUGGAGAGGCUGAUCCACCCCACACUGUGCGAGCAGUGCAUCGAGUUCCUGGAGCGCCGUUUGGUUCAGCAGCUCAACAGCAGCGUAGAGAGAGCAGGAGAGGAGGUGCUGCAUGCCUUCAUCUUGGUUCACACCAAACUGCUCGCUUUCUACUCCAGCCGCAAUGCGAGUACACUCACCACCUCAGACCUCCUGGCUCUCAUCAUCAUGGCGCAGAAUAUGUAUCCUAGCAACGUAGACCUGGAUGACCCGAGCCCCGAGGAUGUCGAGAGUACGUCUGGUUCUGGUCCUGAAAGUUUUUACACCCCGGAGCCCUCACCGACAGACAGAGACUCAAGCGAUUCAGAAAAGCCGGUGAGAGGAAGUACUCCUGUGUUUGAGUUUGUGGAUCCAGACGUCCAGAUGGCCGAGGACAGCUUGCAAACUCUGGAAGUUAGUCCGCCUGACCCUUCAGCCCCUCGCAGAGUCUUCUUAGAGGUCUCCCUCAAAGAUGGGCUCUAUCCCAUGAUGCCUCACUCCAUGUACUGUCUCCCAUUGUGGCCUGGCAUCUCACUAGUGCUGCUAACGAAGGUUCGUGGACGCCAACACAGCAAUAUUUCCACCAGUGCAGUGGCCAUGUCAGUGUACAAGUUUUUGGAGGCCUUUGCAAAGCUGGAGAAGCGUUUAAAUGAAGGACAAGGUUCUGCUGCUGCCAGAGGCCAGCUCACUAUACAUGACGUCCGCGGCAAACUGGAUAGAUUCAUUAAGGCCUUGGGGCAGAGUGAGAUACAGUCUGCACAUCUACAACAAGUCUGGACAGAUUUCAAGAACCAAGCCUUUACCAAAUCAGGAUCUGGGUUCACCAGAGAUCUUAUCCCAUGGUGUAAGAAAAUGAAAACCCAGUUGUGUGGCGUAUACAGACAGUGUUUUCUUACUGACUCUGGAUCGAGCGACAGCCCUCGACGGCUCUCGCCCGCCCUACAGGAACGAGCCCAGACCAUGGUGCAAGACAAACUGUUGGACUGGAAGGACUUUCUUUUAGUGAAAAGCAAGAGGAAUAUCACCAUGGUGUCUUACCUGGAGGAUUUCCCAGGCCUCGUCCACUUCAUCUGUGUGGACCGAUCCACCGGCCAAAUGAUUGCACCGUCGCUCAGCAUCACAGAGCGCACCACAUCUGAGCUGGGCAAGGGACCCGUGGCUCAGUACAUCAAAAGCAAGGUAUGGGCCAUGGUCAACACAACACGGCGCUACCUUCAGAAGGGCUACUCCACCGUCACUCUGCGUGAUGGAGAUUUCUACUUCUGCUACUUCCUGUGGUUUGAAAAUGAAACAGGCUACAAGUUGGAGGCAGGAGACAUACCCGUCCUACCUGAUGACUCGGCCCCCAUUGGGAUGCUUGCCUGGGACUACUACAAGAAGCUGCUUCGGUACUACAGUAAGAAUCACCAGGGCGAGGCGGUGAAGUGCUACGAGCUGCUGACCAUUCACCUGGGGGUCAUCCCCACCGACAUCAUCCUCCAGCACUGCAGACAGUUGGCCACCAAACUGUGGGAGCCUUCACGCAACCCGCUGCUGUAGACACACUCAGAGUCAGAGUAGCCAGGUUUGUUGUACUGCCAAGAACUAAAAAAAAUCCCACAUUAUCUCACUUUGAUGACAGAUAUACAGUGUUCUGUGCCUUAUGUCUCCAGAUUUCUUUAUUGUGGAUGGAUGGAUGGAUGUAUGAUCUAUCUUAUGACAAAGUGUCCUAGAAUUAUUUAUUGUAAGCACUUAUAUUUGUGAUUAGCAACUUCAAAUGUCAUUGUGUGCUUAUUAUGUGUCUUUUAUGAAGUAUUUUGACAAUAUCACUCCUUGAUUUUUGUAUAUUCUUAAAUAUUCAUUAUGUCCUUUUUUCUAUUUAUUAGUAAUGCUGUAUAUGUUUAUAGUUAAACUGUGUAUGUUUUGUAACUUUUUAAAAUUUUGUAGCUGGUUAGGUUUUAGAAAGCAGCUACUCUUCAUUUCCGUCUGUACUGCUGCCAGUGCCAGAUGUUGUAUCAAUGAAAGAUACAGUAGUAUUUUUUUUAGUUUCUCUUAAUGUAGAUUAUUUUUUGAAAAACAAUCAGUAGUCUCACAUUCACUUGUUUAUUGAGUUUUGUAAACAGAAUUGACUGUUUGAACCAUUAAACAUUGCAUUCAUA